AUGUCUCCCGGAAUGUCCCUCUUCUCCAUUCAGGCUAUCCUGAUCCUGAACAGUGAAGAUGGAUCGAGGAUAUUCGCCAAAUACUAUGCGCCACCCCACCAUGCAACCACGGGUGCGAACCAAGGUCCUACGGCGAGCAACCCUUACCCCGAUUUGAAGGCGCAGAAGGCGUUCGAGAAGGGCCUCGCGGACAAGACGCUGAAGCAGACCGGCGACAUCAUCCUCUAUGAUAACCGGAUCGUUCUGUACAAGAUGGAGUCCGAUGUCAUGAUUUACGUGGUUGGAAGUGUGGACGAGAAUGAGAUCCUACUAUAUAACGUUGUCCUUGCCCUCAGGGACUCGCUUCACCUUCUUUUCAAGCAAUCCGUGGAUAAGCGAACCAUUAUCGAAAACUACGAUCUUGUCGCCCUCGCCAUCGAUGAAAUCAUUGACGACGGCAUCAUCCUCGAGACUGACCCUACCAUCAUCAUACAGCGUGUCAGCAAGGCUCCUAACCAGGACGUCAACCUCAGCCGAAUCGACCUUAGCGAGCAGGGCGUUAGCAACUUGACACAACUCGGAAAGUCGAAAUUGGCGGAUUGGCUAAGGCAGGGCCUUUGA